AUGUCUCUCAAACCUCUCACUCUCUGGACCCUCAAGGGCCAUGCUGGUACACCCAACCCCUGGAAGAUCCUCAUGAUCUUGGAAGAGCUCAAGGUCCCCUACGAGACGAAGAAAAUCGAUGCCAGCGACCUUAAGAAAGAGGCCUACGAAUCCAUCAAUCCCAACGGCCGCGUUCCCGCUCUCGAGGACCCAAACACCGGCCUCACCAUCUGGGAAUCCGGCGCCAUCCUCGAGUAUCUGGUGGACACAUACGACAAGCAACACACCAUCAGCUUCCCCACCGGCUCGAAGGAGUACUAUGAAAGCAAGCAGUGGCUACACUUCCAGAUGUCCGGCCAAGGACCGUACUUCGGCCAGGCCGUCUGGUUUGUAGUCUACCACCCUGAGAAGGUGCCCACUGCGGUCGAGCGUUAUGUGAACGAGAUUCGUCGUGUUUCGGGCGUGCUCAACCGAUCGCUCGAGAACAAGGAGUACCUUGUUGGCGGCAAGUACAGCUAUGUCGAUGCUGCUUUUGUGCCGUGGUUCGAGAUAGCUGUUCUCUUCUGGUCGAGCGAAAUGGAUCUGGAGAAGAGCUUCCCUCAUCUGAAUUCCUGGUUGAAUCGUCUCAAGGCUCGUCCGGCUAUUGCAAAGACCAUUGAUGAGAAGGAGAAGGCUGCGGCCGCAGAAGGGAAAUAA